AUGCUUGGACGGAUGUUGUUGCGCCGCGGGGUGCCUGCGGUCGUGCGCCCCGUGACACGCACCAUUGUCCUGCCGAUUCGAUCCUAUGCGACACCUGGUCGGCCAAAGAGCGUCGUUGGGGAACCCUCCCGCCCUGUCAAACGCGCCGUGAAGAAGGCGGCCGCAAAGCCGGCCGACGGCAGUUCCCCUGCGGCGAAGAACGUCGCAGCCAAGCGUGACGCCGCCGCGAAGAAAAGCAAAAAGACAUCUCCAACGAAGCGACAGCCUAAGCAAUUGACGGAAGCGCAAACGGCAGCAUUGAAAGAGCGUCAAGCCAAGGCCAAGGCUAGGAAACAGGUGGUCGUGGAGAAGGAGAAGCUGAAUGAGCUGAAGAGGAUCGCUCUAAGCCCGCCUAAACUCGUCGGCGACAAUCCUUAUGCUGUGUUUACCAAGGAGAAGAACAAGGAGCGAGGAUCCCUCUCAACAGCGUCGGAGUCAUCCACAAGAGAGACCCGGCUCAAGAACUUCACCAAGCGCGUUACGGCAGUCGCAGCGGAAUGGAAGUCUCUGAAUGCCGCCGAGCGUGAGAAAUACCAACACUUGUAUGCUCAGGAUCUUGCUCGCUAUCAGGCAGAAUAUGAGGUCACGUACCAGCACGCUCCGCCAGCUGCGAGACUUCCGCUGGCCUCAGCUGCUUGA